AUGUACCCAGCUGGAAAUGAAAGAAAAACAGCAGUGGCCGAGUUGAUUCGUAAAUCUCAACAAUCGACAUCUAAAUUUAAUAACUGGUUGCAGUCGGCGUCUAAUUUGACUGCAGCUAGUUUUGUUGUAUCUCUCGAAAUCAUGAAAUCUGGAAAACCGUUCACUGAUGGAGAAUAUAUUAAAAAAUGUUUUAUUGGUAUGUCAGAACAUCUCUUUUCUGAAUUUAAAAAUAAAACAGAAAUAAUCAAUAAAAUAAAGGAUAUUCCGUUGUCGGCAACUACUGUUCGUAAUAGAGCUGUUAGAAUGGCUGAAAAUGUCACAGAACAACAGUUUUCCGAUCUGAAGUCAUCACCUGUAUUUUCCUUAGCUUGUGAUGAAUCAGGUGACGUUAAAAACAUCGCUCAACUCACUUUAAUGGGACGGUAUGUUUCGUCUACUGGUGUUCAUGAAGAAUUACUGGGUUUACUACCGCUCAAAGGACAAACUCGAGGAGAGGACAUUUGCACUGCAAUUACAGAAUUUUGUAAAGAGAAAAAAAUCAAUUUAGAUAAGCUGAUAUCUCUUUGCACUGAUGGAUCACCAAAUAUGGUCGGUAAAUAUAAAAGAUUUGUUACUCUAUUUGGCCAAAAUGUGAAACAUGAACUACUAUCUUUUCAUUGUAUUGUUCAUCAAGAAGCUUUAUGUGCUCAAACAUUUCCAGUUGAAAUUAACCAAGUCAUGGCACUAGUAGUGAAAAUUAUUAACAAAAUCAUAGCUUCAGCUCUGAACCAUAGACAGUUUCGUGCAUUACUUGAUGAAGUUAAUGCCCGAUACAAGGAUCUUCUAAUGUUCAAUAAUGUACGUUGGUUAUCGAGAGGGGCUGUUUUAAAGCGCUUUACAGAUUGUUUCGAACCCAUAAAAGAUUUUUUAACGAAUAAAGGCAUCAAUUACCCCGAAUUGUGCGAUGAUAUGUGGCUACUAAAAUUGUAUUUUGCUGUAGAUUUGACUUCAUCUCAAAAUCACUUAAAUAAAAAGCUUCAAGAUAAGGGAAAUACAGCACAUACACUUCUGGAAACUGCUCUUUCUUUCGAACAACAACUUAAGCUUUUUUCUGAAGAUAUUGACAGCGGAAAUUUUGAUCAUUUUGAAUCUUUGAAAGAGUACACGGACAGCUCAGGUUGUAUUAUUGAUUUGGAGUAUUUUAAAUCGGCCAUUCAAUCCAUGAAAAAUUCGUUUAGUAGACGUUUUGAAGAUUUUCGAAAAUAUAAAUCUACGUUGAAGUUCUUGACAUUACCACUCAUAGCGGAGACUGGACAAAUUAAUUUUCCAUCGUUGCCAUCUGUCAACAACAGACUACUUGCAUUGCAAUUAAUAGAACUAAAAACCAAAGAUCUUUGGUCUACAAAAUUUGAGAAUUUGAAAACGGAUAUUGAAAAUCUGGAAAGGGAAAAAGGAUUUUUAGCUGCGAACCAUAAAUGGACGGAACUCGCUAAGUGUCAAAAAGAAGAGCAAGUAUCUUGGCUACUUUCAACUAUUGUCGAGUCUUGA